AUGGCAGUGUCACAGAGCGGAUCAACCGAAGGCGUUGGAUUACCACCUCGUACGACUAAUUUUAGGAACGCCAAUUUACCUGCCUCUCUUCUGAGAAAUUACGCGGAAGGUACAGUGAAGUUGAGAGAGAGAGUCGACGGAAACGAAGGGCUACUCGUCGUCCAAGAUAGCGCCAUCGAGCCCUCUCUUGGGGAGUUUACUAACGACGAAGAUGAAGAAGCGAGUUCAGACGAAACAGAAAUGUCCGGAGGUUCGAGCUCAGCAACCAGCACCGCAGGCAGCGGUAGGGUGAGUGGUUCUGGAGAGGGAAGCGGCAGCGGUUUUGAAACGGACUCCGCGGAAGAUGCUGAGGCGGCCUUCAAAGAGUGGCUGGCCGCAGAAUUGGUCCGUAUGACAACCGUUGUCUACGACUGCAGUGACGAGAGCGAGACAAUUGGCGACUGGAGAAACGAAUCGGUCGGGUCUUGGUUGCUGGAGCAUUCCGAAUCCCACACGAAAGACAGCGUGUCCGUCGCUGCUGGAGCCACGCAAGUAGGGAGCGGACUUAGCAGCGAGCUACUGCCCCAAGAAAGAGAAGAAAGAUUCAUUUUUGGUGAGGACGACCGUGAAUUUGUGACUCAGUCGAGCAGCUUUCCGCAGUGCGCAGUGGCAAGGGUUACGACUGGCUGCACGGCGUUCUACAUCGGUCCGUACCACGCUCUCACGGCCGCUCACUGCGUCAACACCUUUCGCCGCGGCUGGCGGGGUCGGAUACGAAUGUGGCGCGAGAGAAACUGCCGAGACACCGGCUUCCUCGCAGGGUGCUCCCGCGUGUUCAGCGUCCUGGGCCACACGCACUUGAAGAUGUACGAAUACGACUACGCCUUAGUGGAAAUGGAUCGCAGCGGAAAACCUGCACCAUGCUGGUUUGGUAUCGGUUACAUCAAUCCUUGGGACUACCCCAGCGAAAUAGACUUGGAAAUAUUGGGGUACCCCUUUGAUAAACGUUGGUACUCGGGCCAGCCUGAAUGCUCUUACGAAGCAAUGUGGCAGGCGAGCUGCAACGUUUCCUACAGCGUCCGGCAGUACUUGCUACAUUGGUGCGACGUCCUCGGUGGAAACAGUGGGUCUCCGAUUUUUGCCAACGUGGAUGGGAACAAGGUGGUGUACGGGAUCCAUGCUCAUUCAGUAGGGAACUAUGUGUACAAUGAGGAUGGGGAGAGGAAGUUGGAUCCCAGGUGGAAUCAAGGACCCAUGAUAACUCCCCUCAGAUACUACCAGAUCCUUAGGUGGAUGGAUUAUGAAAAAUAG